AUGUUCUCGUAUCUGAGACCUGGCCACGCAAAGCGCACUGCCUCGAAUCUGGCGGCGCCCGAGCCCCUGCCCUCAAUCAGUCCCGCCGCCCACCCGCUGCCAUCGCCGUCGCAGAGCACCGAGUACUUCACCUCCCCGCGCUUCGUCGACAAUGCCAGCUACGCGUCGAGCUCGCCCAUAUCGCCCUACCCGCCGCAGCUGCCGCCCAUCGCCCGCGUCGCCUCCAAGCUGGACAAGCCCCAGUCCGACAGCAGACCGCCAGCCAUUGCAGGUCGACCGGCCACGAGCAUCGAUGCAGACAGCGCCCGCAUGCGCCCGCCACCGCAGAGCACACACACGCAAGCACCAUCCAGCCCGCAUGUCAGCCUCUCUGCGCGGCCCAUGACAGCCAACACGCCCGUCGACACGCGGCCAACCGAACAUGGCCACUAUCUCGAGACACCUUCGCAAUCUCCGCCACAUCUCGCACCCUCAACCAUCUCGCCGAGCUACUCCACCUUCUCGAGGUCGCAGACGUCGUUGAUGGCCGGCAUAGGUGAGAAGCUGUCGGGCAGCUCCAAGGCUGUGUCUACACCAACACCUGCGCCAGCCAAGCCCAAGUCCAGGCUCAAUCUGAGAAAUCCCAUGUCGCUCUUGAUGAGACGGCGAUCAGGCCAGACGCUGGACCCCUUGGCCGAUGAAUCGCUCGUCACUCACCGCUCGCCGUCCGUCGUUCCCCCAAUGCCAGACAACUACGACCCGAGUAUUCGUGGCCACAUUGUUCACGACUUCAACGCCCCCAGGCUCAACCGGAAUUUCUCAUACAACAACGCAUAUGGUAGUGAACAGCAGCAGCAGGAGAUUGGCCGUGUCAGCCCCCAAAAGAUAGACCGGGAGCACACGCCCGUCUUUCACGAGCAUUUCGAUGACGAGACAAGCUAUGAGGAGUCGCAAGCUGCCAUCAGAGCCGAGCAGCUGGUCAACACAGACUUCCUCGCCAGGAACUCCGUACAAUUCCCUCCGCCAGAACCCUCCAUCGCACCCCCUCCUCCUCCUCCUCCUCCUCUUCUUCUAAAAGACCUGCCGCCUGUACCUCAGCAGUCCAAGUCUUCACCGCCUCCCCUCCCGCCUUUCAACGCUGCUGAGACCGUCUCAACCAUACUCUCUCCGGUACAGGAAGCCGCCGAUCCCUUGGACGUCUCUGCCGAAGUCACACCCCGCAAGAGGAAAUCGACAAAAACACCGCCUCCUGCUCGCUCGAGAGCCACGUCCAUGAAUGAUCCUUCGUUUCAGUCUGCAGGCCUACCUUCGCAUUUCACCAGCAGAGCGUCCAGAUUCAGCUUCCAGAUCUCUGGCGGUAGCGAUGCUGCCCAAGAGGCGAUACUGGAAGAAAGACACAAGAAGAAGGAAGCAGAGAAAGCAUCCAAGCAGGUUCGCAUGUCAACCAACACAAUCGAGGACGACUAUGACGAAUAUGGAAUGGACGACUACGAUAUGGACGACGGUUUCGAGGAAGAGAUUCCCAUGCUUGGCGAGGAGGAUGAUUUUGGUGGCAUGGGUCUGAGUGAUCAGAGCAUGGAUGCAGGGAUCAAUAACUUUGAUUUCUCAUCUCUGUCACUGCAGACGAACAUGAACUACCCAAUGAAUCACUUGACGACCAUGGGUCAAAUCCAGACACCUGUCGAUACCAACGGCAAUCCCAUAGGCUUUGCAAUGUCUGACGAGCAGUUGCAGCAUAAUCACUUACUCGCCCCACUCUACCACACUCAAGGCUUGGAUGCUCCUGUCGCUGAGACGCAAAUACCAGAACAGAGCGAAUUCCAGUCUGCACUGUCUGAGCACAAUCCAAGUCUUCCAGCCACUUCCUCACAUGGCGGCCUGGACACAAGCGCCAAGCAAGGCCCUGCUGACAUUGAUCUGGGAGACGAUAUGUACUUCGACGAUGGCCUGAUUGGAGACCAGGACGAAGAUCCCGCCGAAUUCGACGAAAGCGUUUUCGAUGACCCCAAUGGUCCACUUUACGACCGCAAAAUAAAGCCACCACUAACUGAACAAGGAUCAAAUACCCUAGCGUCACAUCAACCUGGGUUACUGAGCUCCGAGAUGGGCUAUGAGGCGGACGAUGAUACUAUGACUAGGCAUCUAGAUGUCUCUGAGCCCUCGCUAGCUCACAAAACAUCCGAUGCCCAUCCACAUACGUUACCCGACUUCAACAACAUGAAUGCAUAUCACAGCGCACUUGCCGAUGCAGCCACUCGCGCUCAAGCUGCUGGACGGUUUACUCGGAAGGCAAGUGUCGAUGUUGGUCAGCCAAACUCUGAACCUGACGAUGUUUCGUUUUUGAGUGAUUCGCGUCCAAGUCUGGUUCCCGAUGAUAGCCGCUUCAGCCUAGACACCCAAAAUUUCCCUCCCGAAGAUGAUGUUUUUGGCAUGAGCUCUAGUUUCGUCGACGAUUAUGAGUAUAGCGACUAUGAUUCUGCUCUCGAGGACGAUCCGAUGAUCGCUGCUGCCAACGCUGAAGCACUUGCAUUCGACGAUGAAGGUUUCUACGGCCAGGAGUUUGGCUUCUAUGCCUCGGCUGUUGGCGACUCACCAAAUGCUUGGGGUGGCUUCUUUGGGCCAUCUGGGAUAGGUCGUACGGUUAGCGGGCGGAAUGCUGUUAGGGAACCUAACCUGACGCCUAUCACGGAGCGUAGCGAGUACAGCACACGCAACUCUUUCAUCAGUUUGAAUCAAUUCCGUGAUGGCCAGCAGCCUAUACAAAGCCCUGGACUAGCACAACUUGCUCGGAUGAGCCCGUACGAAUGGCCGGAAGAAGAGGGCAUGAGUAUCGAAACGUUGAUGAAACUGAGGAAGGGGGCUUUUGGGGGGAGUGCUGCAAGCCUACCUGCAAGUACAGCUAACAGCCCUCGCAACUCAUCACCAAUGGGUAUGCAAUUUGCGCCCAGAAUCUCGAGUGCUGCAGGAAACCGCAUGGUCGAGCACACCGACAGCGAGCGUGAAAGUGAUGAAUCGGCGAACAUUGAGGAUGGCUUCGAGGGUAAUGAAGACGACGAUGACGGCCUCAUGGACGCUGUGAACGCUGGCCAUGAAGAUGAGGAUGACAGCGGAGAUGACAGCGGCAAAGACAGACGAGAGUCUCCUACACUCACAGCGAGCGACUAUAACUCCAUGUCAAGCCCGGAUGGUGACCGGAACAAAAACAUUCCGCCAUUGCCGUCUACUGCUCAGCUCCACGCGCUGCAUAAUAGUGUCACAUAUGUGCGUGACCAUGAUGAAGCCGGUGAGGGCCGGUGGAUUCUUGAACGCAGACGUACGGCAGAAAGCGGUGAGCUCGAGCUUAUCGGACGCGAGAUUGUCGAGGGUGGUAGGAUAUAA